CUUAUAGUUAAUGAUCAUUUUUGGGUUUUGGGAGACACAAGCUAUAAUUGUUUUUUCCAGCUCCACUAAUCCCUUCAAAACACUUUCGCAUCGUUGAAUUGCAUCAUAGUCUUCAUUUUGUUUAUCCCAUUACUAUUCUUGUUCUUUGUGACGGUUGAUGAGUUAACCACCUUCCCUGUUGGAGCUGUAUCAAGUUCCAAGAACAUGGGGUUCGAUGAAAACAAAGAAACUGGCGAGCACAGCGAGGCAAAAGAUCAUGAAAACGAAACUCAUAAAAAUGAAGGUGAGCCCGUUAGCAGGCAAGUGAGUGAGGCUUCGAUCUAUGGAACCGAAGAAGAGGAAGAGGAAGGAUCCAAGAUUCAAUUGGGUCCUCAGUGCACUCUUAAAGAACACCUCGAGAAAGAUAAGGAUGAUGAAAGUUUAAGGAGAUGGAAGGAACAACUCCUCGGAAGUGUAGAUGUGAACAAUGUUGCAGAAAUUUUGGACCCUGAAGUGAAAAUUUCUAGCUUGUCUAUUGUCUCUCCUGAUAGAGAUGACAUUGUUCUUCCCAUUCCUGAAGAUGGGAAUCCAAAGGGUUUAUGGUUCACUCUAAAGGAAGGUAGUCAAUAUCGAUUGAAAUUCACCUUUCAGGUGAACAAUAAUAUCGUGUCUGGCUUAAAAUACACCAACACUGUUUGGAAGACUGGUGUGAAGGUGGAUAGCACAAAGGAGAUGCUUGGAACUUUCAGCCCUCAACAAGAGCCUUACACACAUGAGAUGCCUGAAGAAACCACACCCUCUGGACUAUUUGCAAGAGGAUCAUAUUCUGCAAAAUCAAAGUUUCUUGAUGAUGACAACAAAUGCUACUUGGAGAUCAACUAUACUUUUGAUAUUAGGAAGGAAUGGGCUUGAACAUGAUGCCAAUCUGCCCAGGUUGCUUCUGCAAUAGUGACUCUUCUGCAUUUAGUCAAAUAUAUUCUUAUUUUUAUCCUAUUGACUUAAGAAAUUCAUAUAUAUGUUGUAGUUGCUGAAUUCUUGUUUGUACUAAAAUAUUCUUUUGUAUUGACUUAAAGAGACAAAGACAAAGAGCAUUCUUUUUUGUAACUUUCCCAAUAAAC